AAGCGGCCGGGCAGCCGCGGCUGACGGUGAGUGGCGGCCGAGGGAGGCGCCGGGCUGGGACCCCGCUUCGUCGGUUGAGCGCCGCCUGUCUCCCAAAGGGUUCCAGGCGACAGACGUGGCCUUCCCCGGGGCCUGCCCUUCCCCCGCUGGCGCUUCAGGGUUACAACAGCCCUGCGAGACUUUGGCUUUUCAUCCCAUAGCCAUUGAUCCUUUUACACGAAGGACUCAGUCUGCGUCUGAACAACAUUGGCUCAAUUCUGUCCUUAUUGACCUGCAUUAUAAAUAGAGGAAAUCAGAACCUGAAGCUGCAGCCAUGUCGGCUUUCCCCAAAAGCUGCAAUCCUUUUGAUGAUGACGAGGACGACUUCAAGCCAGUAAAGUGGAAUGAAUGUGAUCAGCCUGCAAGAGAUGGUCCAGACAGACAAAGAUAUUUACAACAGGAGGUCAUGAGAUGCUCCCAAGUGACUCUAGAUAGCACUAACCGCUCGCUGUCUCUCAUUUAUGAGUCUGAACAUGUGGGAGUAACCACCUCAGAGGAACUUGUGCGGCAAGGGGAGGCCCUGAAGCGUACCGAACGCAUGGUGGAUAAAAUGGAUCAAGAUUUAAAGACGAGUCAAAAACAUAUUAAUAGCAUUAAGAGCGUCUUUGGCGGCCUUGUCAGUUACUUCAAAGCCAAGCCUCAAGAGGUCAAACCAGACCAGAAUGGGGCCUCUCAGUAUCAAGGAAGCAACAGAUUAAAAGAAGCAUUAUCCGUCAGCAAAGAACAGGAGUCAAAGUACCAGGAAAGUCACCCAAAUUUACGGAAGUUGGAUAACCCAGAGUUUAGUUCCAGUGGAACCAGUUCGAAUUCUUCAUCCCAGCCUGAUCAUUACCCCAAGAAUCAGCAUCUCCGGGCUUACCAUCAGAAAAUUGAUAGCAACUUAGAUGACAUGUCCUCCGGGCUGGGCCGGCUGAAAAACCUUGCGCUGGGCUUGCAGUCCGAAAUUGAUGAGCAGGACGAGAUCCUGGAUCGCCUCACCCAGAAAGUUGAUACUGUGGAUGUCAACAUCAAAAGCACAGACAAGAGAAUCAAGGAUGAGCUUUAAGGAAUCCUGGGGUGCUCUCAUCUGUGUGCAAAAACUAAAUGUAUUUUAUGCAUCUGGGCAUUUUCUUGUCCUGCCACACUGGGAAAGCACUAGCAAAAGAAGUUGAUAGGGCAUCUUGCCGUGUGAUUAAAUAUAUGACUAGCCUUAAGUACAAUCUGAGAAAUUUAAGCUAUCUUCUUUAACGUAUGUUCAUAAAAGCGCUUUGAAGCAUUGCCUCCUGGAACUUCUGAUUUUGGAGGAAGCCCCUCGAUUCUGGACAAUGAUUGAAAAAGAUUAUUACAUCCUGCCUUUCAGUAUUUUUUUCACCUUAAUUGGAGCAGGUAUGUGCAUUGGCUACUUUGCUCAUUUGCUCACGAAUACAUUUGUGAAAAAGGCUAGUUGCAUCUUGUUGAAGUAUAUGAGGCCGGUGGCUCUACCAUUCAAAGCUGGAGCAUGUCAAGAUGCUUCUGGUGGAUUAGGAAAAACCCCACCCUGGCCCCCAACUUAAGCUGUGCUAAUAGAGCAGUGGUGCCCCUGAUCAAUCGUUCUCUAAAGCACUGACUAUUUGAUAUACAUCAGUACAAUUAAAAACUCAGAAAGAGAUUUAGAUGGGAACACUUACCCAAGACUUUAAAACAACUUAAAGUCAACUUAAGGCUUUGGGAGGGAGCCUGUUGGAAGGCUUCAAUGCAAAAUGUUGCCUUUGUGGUUUUCUCCAAACAACACUUUGCUACUGAACCUUAGCAGUUCAGUCUUGAUGACUUUAGGUCUUGUACUUUAGGUCUUGUUGCUGCUCCAUCUCUGUUUUAAAAAAAGGAUAUUGGAAAAGAAACGUGGCGGGGGAGGUGUUCCAAAUGUCCAGUCAACUGGUUCCAAUGAAUGCCAUCAAAAUUCUGCAACGGGGUUCAGUUUCAGUUGUGAGAUCAGCCUUGCGCUUCUGUGCCCAAGGUAGCUUGGGGUUGUUUGAUUUGUGGCAUGAAUAUUACCUGGCCUUGUUCUCUGAUGAAUGAAAGGUCCAUUUCUAAGGUGGUCUUUGUCCUUCCUGGUUAACAUUUUGUUCCUGCAGCCUAACUUCUCUUUUUUGGGUAAACAUCUCCUCAAGUUCUAUAUAAUGAUCUCUGUAUACCUGAUAGAACAAUGCCAAUUUUCCUGUAAAUGUCUUCAGCAAAUCACAGAGACAAGGAACUCUGGAAAUAGCAUUGAUUAAAACAAUAGUUUCUCUCACAUCUUGCUAUUCAUUAGGUACCAGCUGGAAUCUUAGGAGUUUCUCUCUCAAGGAUAUAUCUUCAUAUUGACUUUGGCUUUAACCCUCUUCUAAUUCCUUGGCAGUUGGCAGAAGUCUAUUAUUGCAAUAUCUCAGCACAUCAGUUUUACUGUGGUUCCUUAAUCCACUUCUCUCGUAGCCAGGAUUAAAUUUCAACAGCUGAUACCACCGCCACAAACUUGAGAAAUAUCUGUGCCUUCCAUCAGCGCACUGUACUUGGGCAUCGUGAAGGCUCUUUUUCAGCUGAAGUUAUUCCUUUCUCAUCUUAGGAACUCGGAUGCUGAUGGUUUUAAUACUGAUGCAUCACAUUCCCCCAGGAAAAAAACCCACUUAUUUUACUCUCAUUGUUCCCUUCCUGUGGAGUUAAUUUGAGUCUUAAACGUUUACUAAACAAAAUUGCACAAAAGUUUCAGGUCUGUUUUAAGCAAUAGCUGUGAACGAUCCACUUGAGUUGAACAGAUAAAAUACCCACUACUCAUUUUUUCUGUGAAAGCAGCUUUUUAUUGAGAAACAUUGAGAAGGCAUCCCAUUGCCCUGUUUUAAUCCCUCUGCCCACAGUACUGGGAAUGCAAUUUUUUUUUUU